AUGGACUCCUGGAUAAAGUUCAUCUUCAUGGUCGCCACCUUUUGCUGGGAAGCGCGAGCGGAGUUUGACGGCAGGUGGCCGCGGCAGAUGGCGUCGUCCAACGGGCUGUGCCGCUACGGCGCUAGGGUGGACUGCUGCUGGGGAUGGACGCGCCGAUCUUGGGGUCACUGCCAGCCUCCCUCCGCCUUAACUCGCAGGCUAGUCGGGAUAAGGUGCCAGCCCCAAGCACUUUGCCCGUCGGGCUGCAAGCACGGAGACUGCGUGGGGCCGAACAAGUGCAAAUGUCACGCCGGAUUCACGGGAAAGACCUGCAAUCAAGAAGAACAGCUGGACUAUUUGACGCCACAGAUGUGGUCCAGUCACCUACCUAUAUUUCUACCGGUGGACCAUCAUCCGGUGACGGAGGAUCUGAACGAGUGCGGACUGAAGCCGCGGCCCUGCAAACACAGGUGCAUGAACACCUACGGCAGCUACAAGUGUUACUGCCUCAACGGCUUCAUGAUGAUGCCCGACGGGACCUGUGGAAACCUUCGCACUUGUGGCAUGGCCAACUGCCAGUACGGCUGCGAGGUUCUUAAAGGAGAGGUCCGAUGUCAGUGUCCGUCUCCGGGGCUGCAGCUGGCUUCGGAUGGCAGAACCUGCGUGGACGUGGAUGAAUGUGCAAGCGGGAUCGCUGUGUGCCCAAGGUUCCGGAAGUGCAUCAACACCUUUGGCAGCUACAUCUGCAAGUGCCACGAUGGCUUUGACCUGCAGUACAUCAAUGGGAAAUACCAGUGCAUCGACGUUGACGAGUGUUCUUUGGAGAUCGGUCGCUGCGGCGUCUACGCCACCUGCUUCAACACGCCGGGCUCGUACAAGUGCAAGUGUAAAGACGGCUACAGGGGGAUGGGCCGCGACUGCAAACCCAUUCCCAAGGUGGCCAUAGAGCCGCCGAGGCCAGGCAAACUGCCACCCAGCUACCACAACCACCUGCCCGGAAUCGACCAGAGGAGGACCACUACUACGCAACGCCCUGCACUGACUCAUAGGUGGGUGUUCACCAUCCCCCCCAAAACCACGACGACCGCCGCGCCAACGACGACGACGGCUGCUCCGAAAAGAAAGACGACAACAUCACCGCGCAAGCCGGCGACCCAGAAGCCCUUCGUCCCCACCAGGAGGCCGCCGGCACCCACUCGCAAGCCUUACGUCCCGCCAGAGCCGGAGACCCCGGCAGCGACUCCGUCGCCCCCUCCACAGUUAACCACUGUAGACAACAGCAUCCACAAGGACGUGACCAAGCAACGAGGAGACGUGCACAUCCCACGGAAUCACAACCACAAUGCAGUUCUGGACUUCGACAUUGAGCUGGGCAACACGGCCGAUGAAGCCAAGGAUGACCCUGAUUCUGGUUUCCUGAGCUGCUCCUUUGACGACGGCCUCUGCGGAUGGAUCAGAGACAACGACGGUGACGUGCACUGGGAGACCACGCCUGACCCAGCAGGCGGUCGCUACCUGACCAUCCCCGAAGUGGGUGACAAGAGGACAGGGCGGGGAGCGAGGCUCGUCCUCCCUUUAGGCCCUCCUUGGAACGAGGGCAACCUUUGCCUGUCGUUCCGCCACAAGCUGGCGGGCCACCACGUCGGCAUGCUGCAAGUGUUCGUGAAGAAGGGCAACGGCUACAGCCCGGCCGUGUGGGGGAGGACUGGUGGAAACGGCUGGAGGCAAACCCAGAUAACGCUGUGGGGGGCGGGGCUAGAGAGCGUGGUCCUGAAGGGAGAGCGUGGCCGGGGACGCAGCGGCGAGAUGGCGGUGGACGACAUCUCACUGGCGAAAGGCUCCUGCGCGGACGACCGCAACCCGACGGGCCUCUGA